AUGAAUACCACCCUCGAAUUACACUUGCCAAAAUUGCAGCAAUUCAUUUAGAAUUUUACAGAGGACAAGAAUUCGGUGGAUUUAUCAAAGUUACAGAAUACACUUGAAUUGAGAAUCCAAUAAACUUCUAUAUCUGUUAAUGAAGUACUCCACUUUUACGAAUAUUGUCAAUCAUAGGAGUUCUUAAAAAUGCAUAGCUCUAGAAAUUGGACCGAUGAAGAAUGGAAAAUAUUAUUAUGGGUAACACUAUAGUAUAGCUAAUUGCAUUCCAAAGGCAGCGAUGAAUUUUAAGGAUAGGAUUGGAAUAAUAUAUCUGAAAUAAUAGCAUUCAAAGACUCCUUAAAUUGCUAAUUUAAAUGGUUUUCUCACUUGAGAGUUGUUCCUACAAAUAAGAAUUGGUUACCUGAGGAAGAUAAGUUGCUUUAUAAAAUAAUGACAAAAGAACCAAACAUCAAGUGGUUUGAAGUGUAAUAUGAAAUGUUUAUUUAAUCGCAAGGAAUCUAUUUUAGAAAGGCAAAAUAAUACAGAGAGAGGUGGAAUAAUUAUCUGAAUCCCUAAGUAAAUAGAGGUAUUUGGACUGAGUUUGACGAUUAUAAUUUACUAUAAAUUACAUUGGUGGAGGGUUUGAGAUGGUCUAACAUAUCGAAAAAGUUAAAAAAUAGGACUGAGAACUAAGUUAAGAAUAGAUUCAAAAGUCUAAUCAACAAGGAAAAGAAAAUAGUUCAAAUUCCAUAAGAUUUGCUUUAGGAUAAUUAGGAUGAUCCUAUGAAACACGGAUUAGAUAAAAUGACUGAAUUCUUGAUUCAUUCGAUUCUGAGUAGAUUAAAACCAGUGGAAAAUACCUAAAACUCUAGCAACAGCAAUCAAUAAGAACAAUAACACUUUAACAACGAAUAAUCAUUCCCUUAGAUACCCUAAUAUCCUUUUAUGAUGCCUCCACAACAAUAUUACUUCUAACAAUUUGCACAAAUCCCUUAGAUCCAAUAGAUUUAGACGAUUCCUACAAUGCAACCAUAAUUUAAAUAACAAUUAUAGGGAAUGAAUAUUUAGAUACCACCACAUCAAUCUUUAAUUUCGUAAUAGCUCAUGCAAUAACAAUUAAUUCAAUAACAAUAACAACAACAAUAAUAGAUGAUCCCUAACUUUUAUUAAGGCCAAUACAUUCCUUAAUAAUUUAUAUAAUAAUAAUAGCAACAAUUUAAAUUCAAUCUAUAUUCAUCUUAACAAAAUACACCUACCAAUUCAAUAGGAACACUUAGUUCUUAACGUUCUGAAAAACUGAUUUCCGAUUAGAUCAAGGAAGAAGAAAACAGUGGAUCAUCUUCAAAUAAAGAACCCAAAGUUUAAAAAUUGGUUUGUGUAUCUGCUUAAUCAUCCAUUAAUGGUUCAACAAGUUCGGUGAAUUCUAUGGAUAUUCUGAAUAAAAUAGCCCAGAUCCUAUUUAAAAAAGAAAGCAUUAACGAUCAUAAUCAGGUGCCUUUGAUAUAAACAAUUAAGGAAAGGUUAAGACUAAGAGAUCGAGAUUCUUUUAUGCUUCGAAUGAUGGUUGAAUUAAUUUAAUUAAUGAAUAAAUUUUUAUCAAAAUCAUUCACAUAGCUUCCUUGUUAUUGGGUAUCAAAGUCUUAUAACACAUCCUAAGAAAUCUAAAUUUGUAGUUCAAAACUCGAUUUAACUCGUGAUGAUUUAUAACCUGAUGAGUUGACCACUUUGAUAUGUACAUAAUUAGAUCCAAUUAAACUCAUUGAUAUCUACAACAGGUACAAAUGCUAAUUUACUGAACGCCAUUUAUUGCAGAGUUUAAAAAUCACUGCUAAAAUGCAGGGAAUGUAUAAUUUGCCUGUUUAUGAUCAUUAUUUUAAUGAAUCCUAUUAAAAUCUAAUAAGACAAUUCAACCAAUAUAUAUCCACCUUAAACAAUCUAGAUCUCGGGGACUUCAUAUAUUGGUAUAAGAAACUCUAUUAUGACAAUGCUAGCGUAGGAUUCUUAAAUUCUGUUGAUACUAAACAACUGCAAUCCAUUACUAAAAACUACAUUGAGGAAAAUCAAUUCCUGCCAAGAUAAUUGAACAUGAUCUAUGAAUGCGUUGACAUGAUUUUCCCAUAUGAGGAACCUUUAAGUAAACUUUUCAUUGAUUAUGUGUUUUCAACCAACGAAAUCACAGUCGUGUAACUAAUGCAAUUUCUCGCUUCUAUAAAUAAGAAGUUCAUAUUAAAGAAAAAAGUAGACCUCUAUUGUAUAUUAUAAGUCUUGAACUAUUCAAAAAAUGUGGGCAAAAGUUUCGACGUUGAUUAAUAUGCAUUCAUGACUAAGUGCUUCAUAAAUAUGAGACUAAAAUAUCACAUUACAGAAAAAUAGUACCUGGAAUAAAUUGAUGAAAAAUUAGAAGCUACAAAACAAAAUGUGAAGUAUUUAGAAUCAUAAUCUAUUAUUGCUAUCCUAUAAUAUUGUAAAUAUUAAGGUUCUGAUGAAUCCAAACCCUUAUUGCUUCUCAUACACGAAUAAAUUCAAUAAAUGUUAUAAAAAUAUGAAGAUAAAUAAAAUAAUCUUAAUUUUGAGUUCUUAAUUUAAUAUUUAUAGAAUGUGAUAUUUGCUGAUUAUAUAGACAAAAACGAUAUUCUCAAACUCGAAUCUGUUUGCUUAAAUUUACUUAAAGAAAAUUUUAAUAUAACUAAUAUUUACUAAAUGUCCUUAUACUAUUUGGAAAAAAAGACUAAGUGCGUACCUUUUGCAGAAUACUUGAAAAUUAUUCUUGAAAAUCUAAGUUUUUAGAAUAUUAAUUUAAACAUUAAAAAUCUUGUGUAUCUUCAUUUCAUUUGUGAAAUGGAUAUUUCAAAAUUUUUAAGACAACUAAACAAUCCAAAUUUCUCCUCUAAUCAAAUAGUUAAUUAUGAUGAUGUUUAAUUAUCUAAGACAUCUAUCCUUAAUAUUGUUAUUUUGUUUGAUGAAUAUCCAUAAUUACAACUUCCUGAAUUUAUAGCUAGUUAAUUUUAUAAAAUGAGCUCCAUGCCUCUAUUAUUCACCUUAUGUAAUUGCCAGUACUUCAGCCCUAGAAUAAGAGCAUUAUACACUUAAAAAUUGCAAAACUUAAGAGGGGAAGGAAGACUUGAUAGGCGCUUUAGAUAGAACGUGUUAGAAUCCAUUAAAACUGAAGAAGAUGCUUCUCAUUUAUUUAAAUGGUUUUUUCAAAGCAAUAAAUUUUAAUUAAAUACUGCCUUACUAUAAGUUCUUAUUUCAAAUGAAAACAAUAAUAUCACGAGGCCUCAAGCUUACUUUUUAUAUUUAGUAAUUUAGAGUUCUGUAGAUGUUUUGGAUAUGGAGAUAAUUAUAAAUGAAUUAAUCUAUCAAACUAGACUUUUCGAUUUUAUAAUGUAAAUAGAUUCAGAAAUGAUAAAUUAAAUCCUUGAAUAGUCUUAUAAAUUCAAUGAUGGAUAAGGCACAGCAAUUAUGAUCUAAUUACUAGAAGAAAAAUGCCCAAAUAACUUAAAAUAAUUCAAAAUUCCUAAACAUUUAAUGCUAAAUUAUUAAUGUCUUAAAUAAUACGAUGCAAACUUCAUUUUAAUGAUGAUUAAGUAUCAUUGUUACCCUUUGAAGGAUAGUUUAAAAAUUUUCAACAAUUUAAUUAAUUUCCAGCAAAAUGAAUUAAGACUAUUUAUACUAUAUUUAGAAAUGAGUUAAACAAUUGGAUUAGAAAAGAUGCAUUCCUAUAUUUUAAAACAAAUAAAAAAACUCAAUGAAACCUAUAUUAUAUAAAUAUAAUGA